GGGAGUGCACAUGUCAUUAGUCAUGGACGGCUAUUGUAAUGCGAGGAAUGGUUAGACGCCGGUAAAAAAACACGUUUGUUAAAGUGCUAAGUGAACAUGGGCAGCGUUAUUUAUUGAGCUUGCUGAAGGAUAGUGGAAAGAUUGGACACGCAAUUUUACAAGUUGGUUCUUCCAGAACGCCUUAAUUCAAUGACAUCCAAUUGCAAGCAUGGGCUUGUGGAAUAUUGCGUGUCAACAACGAUGGCUAUCUAAGCACUGCUGUAACGUGCUCAAGUCUUCUUGGGGAAAGCAAGUGAUUUGCCCUCAAUUUGCCCUUUACCAUGUCGCAAGUAAACCUCUGUGUUCCAAGGACUGCGCCAUACCACCUGUGCCAAAACGUAAUGAUGUGUGUAGCAAGAAGAUUGUAUCCAAUGGGUCCCAGGGCCAAAUGCGUUCUGAGGGCAAAUAUCAACAGCAUCGUGCCCUAAGUAAAGCUCUAAAGAAUGGUAAGCCAUUUGAGCGAAGACCUCAAGAAGAUUGCAGAGCGCAAGAUCUUCAUAAGUUAAGUUUUGAAGACUUUACUGCCUAUUCGGAAAAGCCUGUACGUGGGAAUGUAACAAGAGAUGCCAAGGAAGAAAGAAACUAUGAUGUCGUUUUUGGUAUUUCUCCAUGUCUCUUGGCAUUAACCAUUGGAAGAAGAAAGCCCUUCCGACUUUUAGUGAAAGAGGGCGACGUUUCUCGCAGGACCUCUGUCAUAAAGGUUUGUGAGGAGGCUCACAGACGAGGAGUGCAGAUCAAACGAGUAACUAAAAAGCAUCUGGACCGGAUUUCUACUGGGCGUGUUCAUCAAGGAGUAUGUCUUCAGGCCAGUCCACUGAGUUUUCUUACAGAGGAGACGGCCUUCCCAUCGGUCAAAAUAAGUGAUAUUCUACCACUUUGGCUUGUGCUGGAUGGAAUUCAAGAUCCCAUGAACUUUGGAGCAAUUCUGCGCUCAGCCUAUUUCCUUGGUGUAGACAGAGUGGUCACCGGUCUUCACAAUAGCUGCCCAUUGACACCAGUAGUGAGCAAGGCUAGUUCAGGUGCAAUGGAAGUCAUGGACAUUUAUUGCUAUGAAAGCCUUGUGAAAAUGCUGGAGUUGAAAGUAUCACAGGGUUGGCAUGUGGUUGGCACCAUGGGAGCUCUAACAGAGGAGUGUUCCACUGUGGUUACUCGCUGCUCGGAUUUCCAGAUUACCAAACCUACAUUGUUGUUAAUGGGUGGAGAGGGGGAGGGUAUGUCACAAAAAUUGUUGUCUCAUUGUCAAACCAUCCUUACCAUCCCACCUUUUAGGCAACUGAUCCCGGGUAUAGAGUCUCUGAAUGUGUCCGUAGCAACGGGCAUUCUGCUGCACUCGCUGCUGUCACACAGGACUCUCGGGAGUGGGUCAUGAUGGACGACAUAAGCAAGUUCCUACACAGGCAUGAUGUAUGUCUGUGGAUUUUCAGUUCUAGUUUUUUUUUAUCCAUCCUUGUUGUAUAAAUAUUGAAUGUAUAUAAAUCCUCAUUGAUGUAAUGACUGUAAAUUAAAGGAAAAAAAAACAAA